UCGGCUGCUUGUUUUGAGCUUGUUCUUUAUUGAAACGUAUGCUGUUUUGUAUGUUGUAUGCGUGAUUCCAAAGAGUGUAUGCACUGUUCGCAUCACUUUGCUGAGUGCUUGUAGCCUCUGCCUUUAAGGGGGUAUCAGCCAUUGCAUUUUUUUGCUUGCUCACGGGGUCACUGGGGGAGCCAUUGCUUAAAGCCGAUCCACACGACCAGCGCCUCCUCUAUAAAUUCUGUGCCGGGCACACCACCCUCGGCGGCUGUCGAACGCCAGUUCUCGCCGCCGCCGCUAGGGGCGCUAGGUAAACAGGGUCUGGGCUGCCGCUGCCGCCGUUCCGUCUCUAUGUUUGUAUGGGUGUUCUGUGCAUUGGUCGUGAGACACAGUUGCGUUCAGCCGUGCUCCACUUCGCUGUUUGUGAUAGCUUCCGACAAGUACGUGCGUAGUAUACCUUAAAGGGAAACUGAGACUUCCACCCAAAUGUAGCAAUUCGCUACUAUGGAAACCCAACCGGGUUCCUCGAAAGAAAGCCUCGCAGUUGAAGAAAAAUUCGUCCUGGUCCGGGACUCGAACCCGGGACCACCGCCUUUCCCGGGCAGCCGCUCUACCAUCUGAGCUAACCAGGCGGCUAGCAGAUGGCAGGGCGAAGUCGAAUUUGUCGACAACUCGAAGCAAAGGCAAGUGUUUGAUGUAAUAGUUCAGCGGAAAUCCGCUAGGUGGAGAUAAGGAAUUAAAGGGAAACUGAGACUUCCACCCAAAUGUAGCAAUUCGCUACUAUGGAAACCCAACCGGGUUCCUCGAAAGAAAGCCUCGCAGUUGAAGAAAAAUUCGUCCUGGUCCGGGACUCGAACCCGGGACCACCGCCUUUCCGGGGCAGCCGCUCUACCAUCUGAGCUAACCAGGCGGCUAGCAGAUGGCAGGGCGAAGUCGAAUUUGUCGACAACUCGAAGCAAAGGCAAGUGUUUGAUGUAAUAGUUCAGCGGAAAUCCGCUAGGUGGAGAUAAGGAAUUAAAGGGAAACUGAGACUUCCACCCAAAUGUAGCAAUUCGCUACUAUGGAAACCCAACCGGGUUCCUCGAAAGAAAGCCUCGCAGUUGAAGAAAAAUUCGUCCUGGUCCGGGACUCGAACCCGGGACCACCGCCUUUCCGGGGCAGCCGCUCUACCAUCUGAGCUAACCAGGCGGCUAGCAGAUGGCAGGGCGAAGUCGAAUUUGUCGACAACUCGAAGCAAAGGCAAGUGUUUGAUGUAAUAGUUCAGCGGAAAUCCGCUAGGUGGAGAUAAGGAAUUAAAGGGAAACUGAGACUUCCACCCAAAUGUAGCAAUUCGCUACUAUGGAAACCCAACCGGGUUCCUCGAAAGAAAGCCUCGCAGUUGAAGAAAAAUUCGUCCUGGUCCGGGACUCGAACCCGGGACCACCGCCUUUCCGGGGCAGCCGCUCUACCAUCUGAGCUAACCAGGCGGCUAGCAGAUGGCAGGGCGAAGUCGAAUUUGUCGACAACUCGAAGCAAAGGCAAGUGUUUGAUGUAAUAGUUCAGCGGAAAUCCGCUAGGUGGAGAUAAGGAAUUAAAGGGAAACUGAGACUUCCACCCAAAUGUAGCAAUUCGCUACUAUGGAAACCCAACCGGGUUCCUCGAAAGAAAGCCUCGCAGUUGAAGAAAAAUUCGUCCUGGUCCGGGACUCGAACCCGGGACCACCGCCUUUCCGGGGCAGCCGCUCUACCAUCUGAGCUAACCAGGCGGCUAGCAGAUGGCAGGGCGAAGUCGAAUUUGUCGACAACUCGAAGCAAAGGCAAGUGUUUGAUGUAAUAGUUCAGCGGAAAUCCGCUAGGUGGAGAUAAGGAAUUAAAGGGAAACUGAGACUUCCACCCAAAUGUAGCAAUUCGCUACUAUGGAAACCCAACCGGGUUCCUCGAAAGAAAGCCUCGCAGUUGAAGAAAAAUUCGUCCUGGUCCGGGACUCGAACCCGGGACCACCGCCUUUCCGGGGCAGCCGCUCUACCAUCUGAGCUAACCAGGCGGCUAGCAGAUGGCAGGGCGAAGUCGAAUUUGUCGACAACUCGAAGCAAAGGCAAGUGUUUGAUGUAAUAGUUCAGCGGAAAUCCGCUAGGUAGUAUACCUUACGAUGGCCUACUGUUGUGUGCCAUUGUGUAAAUCGGACGAGAAAAAAAAGACAGCAGGGCUUUCCUUUCAUGAAAUACCCGCUGUCGCGGACACACGAGUACGAUGGCUUGCCGCAAUACGACGAGACAAGUGGUCGCCGAAUACUACCUCAUGCUACACCAAAGUGUGCAGCCGACAUUUCAAAGAAGAGGACUUCAUAGAAGGCAAGCGGCGACUUCUAAAGAAAGGGGCUGUGCCGUCUGUUUUUGAAGAAUACCCGUCCCAUCUCCUGCCGAAAUCAACGCCGGCGCGAAAUACAGCAAGCAUCGACAAAAGAGUGAGUGCUACAAUGGCGCGAAAUGACUCCGCGAGCGGUUCAGCGAUGCAACAGUUGCUGCCAGCAGCAGCGCCUACUUCAUCAGAAGAGGAUAUGUCUGAUUGCUGCUCCAUGGACACAUCAACGGCACCCAACUCGUGCGAUCAAAGCGUCCAGGUAAACAUCAGGUCAACUUCGAGCGUGCUUGUUACUGAGAGAGCCAAAUGGAUAAGGAAAGAAAAGGGCUUGAGGAGUCAGCUGCUUAGACUGCAACAGACCGUCGACAAAUACAAAAUGGAAUUGAAAAGGCUACACGAGGAUGCCCUAGUGGCGGAUGUUUCUUACAUCAAGGAAAGGGCGGAAGAAAAGGAACCUGCAGCUCAAUUCUUGAUUGAUCAAAUCCAGAACUUCAGGAAGAAGAGGCCAAGCUGGUGUGAGGAGACAACCCGACGUUGUGCAGUUUUAAGGCAUCUGUCGGCAAGGGCAUAUGAACACAUUCGCGGUGAAAUGCUUCUGAAGCUUCCUUGCAGGAAGACUUUGAGCAACUACUUCGGAACCACUAGUGGAGAAACAGGCUUCAGCAAACUCGCCGAAGAUCGCCUUAGAGUAGAAGCUGAGAGCUUGAGUGUACCACAGUCAAGAGUGUGCUCACUCAUAGUGGAUGAAAUGAAAAUCAAGGAAAAGUUGCAGUACAACAAAGAGCAGGACUGCUUUGUGGGGCACGCAGACAUCUCUUUGGAACAACAGGGUGGUGACCUCACGUUAGCGAACUCUCUUCUCUGCUUCUUAAUCACUGGACUCUCGACAUCGUAUCGCAUUCCAGUGGCCUACUAUUUCACCAAGGGGUUAACAGGCCCACAGCUUCACAAGUUGUUGAUUUUUGUGCUGGAGAAAGUAGAGGCCUGUGGUUUUAGGGUAGUUCGUUUAGUUAGUGACAACCACAAAGUUAAUGUCAAUGCCAUGAAACUUCUUGGAGAUGGUAUUCUUACGUACAGGAUAACACAUCCCUGUGACUGCGACAGACUCCUCUUUUUAAGUUUUGAUCCGUGCCAUGUUUUAAAAAAUGUUCGCUCGCAGUUUUUGGCACAUGACUUUGGCCCGAAAGGAGAGGUCUCGUCCUGCUACAUCAAGAAGCUGUACGAACUACAGAAGGACCUGGUUGUAAAGCCUGUUCGCUACCUUAGCCGCAAACAUGUUUACCCGAAUAAUAUAGAAAAAAUGAAUGUCGCAAGGGCAAUUCAGGUGCUGUCGCCUGAUGUUACUGCGGCCCUGGAGCAUCUCAGGAGCCAAGCUGGGCACACAUCAAGUUUCUCAUUCGCAGAUGCAGGCCAGACCAUCAUUUUCAUGCAGAACAUGUAUCGCUGGUUUGUGCUGCAUGACACGAGUAAUACGACCCAGCACAUCCACAAAAAAUGGCCCGACACUCGGCAAUUCGACGAUGCCGAAGAUGCCAGACUGGAGUGGCUUGAGGUAACACUGCCCAUGUACUUGGACAAACUGAAAAAAAGCUGUGGAGAUAAAAAGGAAUUUUUCACGAAAGAAACGUACGAAGCAUUGCUUCUGACCACGUAUUCCACAGUUGCCUGCAUCAAGUACUUGCUCACAGAGGAGAAGUUCCUGUUUGUUCUCACUCGCAAGUUUAAUAGUGACCCGAUCGAGUCGCUGUUUGGCACAUUGCGAAUGUCCGCCGGAUGCAAUGACAUGCUGAAUGUUCGCUCUGUUUUGUCGGUCCUGGAGAAGGUUCUGAAAACUGGAAUUGCAGCAUCCAGUGUGACAUCAAAUGUUGCUCACAGUGAACGUGCCCAAAUGUCGACAGGUACCCUGCACACUGAAGCUUCUCCUUCGCCAGCACAGCAGCUUCCUCAGCUACAGAGAGCUGCUUGUGUUUUGCAACGGCUCAACACGACAGUCUUGCCGCAGCAGUUGCCUUCACUAGAAAUUUCGGCAACUGCUUACGUUCGGGGCUAUAUUGCCCGUGUAAUAAACGAGCACAUGCGUUGUGAAAGUUGCACUUCAGUCUGCACGAAGCCUGCAAGCAAUAAAUCCAUCUUGCAGUUCACUCGCAGCCAGGACCGAGGUGGGCUGCUUUACCCGUCAGACCAGUUGCUGUUUGCCGUUGACGUGCUAAGGACAUUUGCUGAUUGUGCCCUGAAGGACAACCCUACUCUGCUAAAGCCAUUGUCAACACUGGUGAAGUAUGCUGUGCCAGCCCUGUGUGCUUCAAACCUGCUCAAGUGCAAAGAGAGUGAUGCCAUUCACAGAGUUAAGCUCAUGGAGCUGAUAUCUGUUCGGUUUUUGCGGCCACUGCUGGUGAACUAUGCAUUCAACGUCAGUGACAAGCAUGAUGCAUUCAAAUACUUUGCAAAGAAGCCCCUGUCCAGGAAAUAUGUGAAGCUGUAAGUGCUUAAGGGCUACUGAAAGUACAGGUGCUUACAAAUAAAUGUUUUUUUCAUUAAGCGUGUGUAUUCGUAUCGCAUCAAAAUUGUUAAUUUUCCAGAAUAUAGAGCCACCAUGCAUGGCAAGUCAAUGUUGGGAAUGCAUGCCCAUCAUGUCCACGCGUAGGUCUGUGCGUACGCGGCAUCUAAAGGGAGCUACGUCGAUGGUUCUUCAGAUAAAAGCUGGAGCUAGCGGUAAGCUAUUAAGGUAGUUAAAGAAAAACAUCGCCUUUCUUCACUUGUCGCAUAUUGAAGCUGGUCCAACGUCCUUGUAAAUAACGACGAAUUGGCGUUUUUGAUGCAGCGAGGUGCGCGGUCGCAUGCUUUUAUUGAGUGAACCUAUCGGUUUGUCUGCUAAUGAAGGUAGGUGAUUGUACGCGAUGUUUUUAGUACUCAUUUAGCGUGGUGUUCUUCGCUUACGGUUAGUGCGUGAAAGCUGGCAGCUAACGCUUUGAAACACUCGGUAAUAUCUUUCAGUGAUUGCACCCGCGAUAUUAACCCUGAGUGGGCACUGUGGGCGUAGCACGCGGACGCUGUUCGAGGUUUUGAGAUUUUGAGCGCGGCGCCAGACCCACGCCGGCUGCGGCGCAUAGCGAACUCCGCUACCCUGUUUAGGUGGAGGCGCCUGGUGGCAAUGCGUUGUACUAUCGCCGACGGCGGCGGGCUAUUGUCCUCCGCUCUUCUGCCGGGCACUGAAAGUAUAGAGGAGGCACUGACACGACGGACCAAGUCCGCGGGCCAAUCGGUCAUGUGAUGCGACGUUAUGGUCCGCCGCGGUCCGGUUCGGCGCAGAGCACAUCCACACGGCGGACCACCAUAGCAGACGACAGAGCGGACCAACCAGCUACACUCUCGGUCGCAGUGCUCUUGACUCAAGAAACUCACGAACCCAUGCCAACCUCCCGCACCCGCGCCGCGUAUGUAUCGCGUAGCCACCGUAUAUCAGGCAUUUGAGUUGUCGAAAUGGAGGCCGGAUAUGAAACGACUCGUUUUUGCUGACUCGAAAACUUUGGAUUUGGCUGAAGACAC